AUGACCGUUCCCAAGAACAAGGAUGAUGCGCCUAAGGAGAAGGAGCAGGCUCCUGAAACCGAUGACCACGCGGAGGCUAAGGAUGAGUUGAAUGCUAUCCUGAAACGGGCCCCAAUCAUCGUCUUCUCAAAAUCUUACUGUCCUUUCAGCGCAAAAGCUAAGUCUAUCUUGCUCAAGAAAUACUCUAUUGUUCCGGAGCCGUAUGUGGUCGAGCUUGACCACCAUAAACUGGGCCGGGCGCUCCAGAGCGUCCUAGGCGAAAGCACCGGCCGCCGUACCGUCCCGAAUGUCUUGGUCAACGGAAAAAGUAUUGGAGGUGGUGAUGAUGUAUCCGCAUUGGACCAAGAAGAUCAAUUGGCUUCGACAUUGAAGAACCUCGGUGGGAAGUGGAUCCAGGAGGUCACUCGCAAGAAUCAGGAAGAAUAA